AUGGAGGAGAGUUUAACUGUUGCGGAAGCGCGUGUACAUCUGGAAAGAAAAAGCCUACUGGAAUAUUUGCAGAACAGCGCAGAGAAAUUAUUGAAGGCAAUGAAUAGAGAAAAAAACCUGUUAAGUCGCGAUAUUCGAGCAAUUUUGCUAUACAACUUCAAAAAAGUAGGUAAAGGAGUUGAAACGUUUGGUGAGGAAAUGAACAGUGAGUGGCCAGCUCGAAAAUGGUUUAAACGAUUUCACAGUGGAGACCUGAAUGUUGGCGAUGCUGAGCGUAGUGGACGCCUAUCUGUCUUCGAUGACGGUCAAUUAAAGACCGCCAUUGAGAAGGAUCCACGUAAACCCACUCGAGAACUGGUGAGACUAUUGCAAAAGGAAAAUCCUGACAUCGGGCUACAGAAAGUACUCUUAGAUGCCAAAAACCUUCCUUAG